GCUGACUAACUGGCCAUUUCCUUCUGUUUUCUGAGUAAAUUCGGUCACACUGGUGAAAUUUUCUGGUAGUAGCUGUGCUGUGAAAAAUAUUUAUAGUGAAAAAUAUACUUCAAAGCCACUUGCCCUUCUUUGGUGGAAAAUUGAAGCACAGCAAUUGCGCAGCAAAACCAAACAGAAACAUGGGCGAUGUUAUGAAUAUCGACAGCAUCAUAUCAAGACUUCUGGAAGUGCGUGGGGCACGGCCUGGCAAAAACGUUCAGCUCUCCGAGAAUGAAAUUCGUGGCCUCUGUCUGAAGUCGCGAGAGAUAUUUCUGUCGCAGCCCAUACUGUUGGAGCUGGAGGCGCCAUUAAAGAUUUGCGGUGACAUACAUGGCCAAUACUACGAUUUGCUGCGACUGUUUGAGUAUGGUGGCUUUCCACCGGAAUCAAAUUACCUGUUUUUGGGCGACUACGUUGAUCGUGGCAAACAGUCGCUGGAAACCAUCUGUUUGCUGCUCGCCUACAAGAUCAAAUACUCGGAGAACUUCUUUUUGUUGCGCGGCAAUCAUGAGUGCGCCAGCAUAAAUCGCAUCUACGGCUUCUAUGACGAAUGCAAGCGUCGCUACACCAUCAAAUUGUGGAAGACAUUCACCGACUGCUUCAACUGCUUGCCAGUGGCAGCCAUUGUGGAUGAGAAGAUAUUCUGUUGCCAUGGUGGUCUCAGUCCCGACCUCUCGUCGAUGGAGCAAAUUCGCCGCAUCAUGCGACCAACUGACGUGCCAGAUCAGGGCCUGCUCUGCGAUCUGCUGUGGUCCGAUCCGGACAAGGAUACCAUGGGAUGGGGCGAGAACGAUCGCGGUGUCAGUUUUACUUUCGGCGCCGAGGUGGUGGCCAAAUUCUUGGAGAAACACGAGUUCGAUCUCAUUUGCCGCGCCCAUCAGGUGGUCGAGGAUGGCUAUGAGUUCUUCGCCAAGCGACAGCUGGUCACACUCUUCUCGGCUCCCAAUUAUUGUGGCGAAUUUGACAAUGCUGGUGCGAUGAUGUCUGUGGAUGAAUCACUUAUGUGCUCAUUCCAGAUCUUGAAACCGGCAGAUAAACGUAAAAAGUAAUAUCACCAAACUCCCAAAAAAACACCAACAACAACCAAUCACACACUUUUCUAUAUACAAUGCAGGCAAAAAUUAUAAUGAUUCAACACAUAACCGAGGGGCAAUCUAAUUUUACAAUCCAACAAUCCGCACCACAAUAGCGACAAAGGGAAGAACCGAACGCUCUGCGAUUAUAAUGAAUAACAAAAAAUAUACAAUAAUAUGAAAUCCAAAAACCUGGAGAAAAUAUUAUCUUUUAAGAAAUAAAGAGAUUUGCUUCAACUACAAAAAAUAACAAGAAACAAAACAUUCACCAAGCAUUCAAAAAAACAGGCAUGACAUGAUAAUUUAGAAAACAUAAAACAACCAUUUAUUUCGAUUAACAAACUAUACCUACACACCUACAUAUACAUAUAUAUAUCUACUAUACCAUAGUCGUUUAGCGACCCACACCAUACAUAUGCAUGUACAUAUAUGUUUUGUCCAAUUUUAAAACACGAGACUAAAACGUUUAGUACAAGUUACAAAAAAAAAUCAGCAAACAGAAACUUGAACAAGGUGACGACGAACUGUAAGUCACAACAAAU